AUAACCGAGCACUUGUGUUUGUUGUGGAAGUAAUUGUGUCCUCAAUUCUGUGACAUGAGGAUUGUUGUGUUUAGCGGUGUUGUAUAUUUUCCCCAUCCGUGGGCAGAUUUCCUGCUCCUGAUAGAUGAGGAGAGCGCAGUUUUUUUCUGGCCUCCUCUCUCAGAUUUAUCCAUAUAAGUUGCUGCUUCAAGACGAAACAGGCCCGAGGAAUUUCUUUUGCCCCUUGUUUAACCCGUCGGGCUCUGGGCACAGACGUGCCUGCAUCCAUCCAUACAUACAUUAGCAGCGCUGUGUGGAAACUCAGUGACACAACUGUUCAGCAGACUCCCGGCCUCCCAUUUCCCACACCCUCCAGGCCCCCUCGGAGAUUUCAAGGUCAGGAAAGGGCAGAGGCUGAGAUUCAUUCCUUGGGAAGCGGAGCCACUGUCGCAAACGUUCACAGACGGGCGAAUCUCUCCUUUUACAGUCCUUUCGCGCGCGCUCAUCUAACUGCAUCUCACCAAGUUUCGGAUUUGAUUUCCACAGCUUUGGACGUAUCGUCAGAUCAUAGCCGUCGGCGGCGGCCUUCAUCAGGAGCUCACAGGGAGCAGAGAUGUGGCGGUGCAGCCGGCGGAGUCUGACAGCAGAGGAGUCAUUUUAGAAAUCGAGUGUAAAGAGUUUGGGCUGAGUGGCACGAGACAUUACCGGAGCUGCCCAGCUGAGGUGAAGGGGAGGGCAGAGGACCCCAGUUCAGCCUGAGUGUGGAUGACCUGCCCCCAGGAAAACAGGACCAUGAUCUGAAGAGGGCGUCGCACGCCGAACCCUGCUCUUCCUCUCCUCCUCCUCCUUAUCUUUUUUUUUUUCUUUAAAUUAACGAGUCGACAGCCUCCCUGCUUCCAGCAGAGUCACCUGCACGUGGGAGGACGAACCCAAAGAGACAUUUUAAGGAGGAAGAAACACAACGAGAGCCACCCGUGACCUCUGACCUCGCCACUCCGCCCCCCCUCCCUUUUGCCCCCUCCCUCCGCCGCAACACCGGAAACAUGGGGAGGAAAAAGAUUCAGAUUCAGAGGAUCACCGACGAACGCAACAGACAGGUGACGUUCACCAAGCGGAAGUUCGGCCUGAUGAAGAAGGCGUACGAGCUGAGCGUCCUGUGCGACUGCGAGAUCGCCCUCAUCAUCUUCAACCACUCCAACAAGCUGUUCCAGUACGCCAGCACCGACAUGGACAAGGUCCUGCUCAAGUACACCGAGUACAACGAGCCGCACGAGAGCCGGACCAAUGCCGACAUCAUCGAGGCUCUGAACAAGAAAGAGCACCGGGACUCUGAGAGCCCAGACCCCGAGGAGCCCUUCUCCCUCACCCCCCGCACUGAGGAGAAAUACAAAAAAAUUGACGAGGAGUUUGAUAAAAUGAUGCAGAACUAUAGGCUGUCAUCCACAGUCCCACAGCCCACCUUCUCCAUGCCAGUCACCGUGCCAGUAUCCAAUCAGAACGCAGCGGCAGCAGCGGCCCUCCAGUUCAGCAACAACCCCAGCGGAGCCCUGGUCACCACGACCUCCUUUGUCACCUCCACCCUCACAGACCCACGCCUCCUGUCGCCACAGCAACCGUCUCUGCAGAGGAACACCGUGUCGCCAGGGUUACCACAGCGACCUGCGAGCGCAGGUGCUCUGUUAGGAGGAGAUCUGGGGAAUUCAAACGGAGCGUGCCCGAGUCCAGUCCCUAAUGGCUACAUCAGUGCCAGGGCCUCCCCGGGCCUUCUCUCCGUAUCCAACGGCAACAGCCUGGGGAAAGUAGUCCCGGCUAAGUCCCCGCCUCCGCCCAGCCCUCAGAUGGUCAACAGCCGCAAGCCGGACCUGAGGGUCAUCACCUCGCAGAGCGGCAAGAGCCUCAUGCAGCUGACAGAGGAAGAGCUGGAGUUGGUGAGUGAGAAUGCUCAGCGGCUAGGUGGUUCCCAGGUGGCGCAGUCGCUCACCACACCAGUGGUCUCCGUGGCAACUCCCAGUCUCCUAGCACCCUUCUCCGGCAUGCAGACGGCCUACAACACCGAGUACCAGCUGACGAGUGCAGAUCUCACAGCGCUCCAGACGUUCACACCACCGGGGCUGGUGCCUGGCAACAUGGCUGCCUGGCAACAGCAACCAGCAGUCUCCCAGCAACAACAGCAGCAGCAGCAGCAGCAACAACAGCAACAGCCACAGCAGCUGAGCUUGGCGUCGCUCAGUAACUUGGUCAUGUGGGGUGCAGAGAAACAGAAUGCGGAGAUGGUUAACUGCAUCUCCAAUUUUGCUGCUAACCUGAGCUUGGCCUCUCAGUCCAACUUGCUCUUUGGCAGGGAGGACGGCCUCUGCUGGCCGGUGGGCCACCUCUCUCAGGGCGCCGCAUUGACAGUCAACACAAACCCCAACGUCAACAUCAAGUCCGAACCCGUCUCACCAAACCGCGACCGCAGCACUCCCAGCUCCACCUGCGGCGGCGGGGGAGGCGGCGGCGGCGGAGGAGGCCACGGUCAAAUCCAGGGACAAGGUCUCGUGACGGUCGCCUACCCCGGCACCCUGCGCCUGGAAGCGGGAGGUCAAGGCCGCUCGCCUGUCGACAGCCUCAGCAGCAACGGCAGCUCGUACGAGGGCAGCGACCGGGACGACGGCACCCAGGGACGAGGCGGGGGCCCGGACUUCCACCACCAGGCGAGCGCCGGGGCCCAACAGCCCACCAUGGUCCUCCUGCGGCCCUCUUCGGCCGAACCCCAGGAGCAGGACGGGACCAACGUCAAGAGAAUGAGACUGGAUACCUGGGUCACAUGAAGAGAUGAUCGGAGAGAGAGGGAUGGACGGACGGACAGAUGGAGGACGGAGAUGGAGAUGCGUACUUGUGGCUUGUGUACAUGCCCCCACCAGCCCUGAUGCCCCCAAUCUCCUUCCCCGCACACACACACACACACACAGACACACACACACACACACAUAUACAGUAUAUAUACCCGUCAUCAACCCAGUAACCUACUGUCUGCACAGGAACGCUGACCUCACACACAGACACAACUAAAGCAUGCUAACACACUCUCGUGUCGCACGUACGGACACUGACGCACACUCGUAUGGCAAUGUGCAUACACACCUGAACUCUAACGUACCUUCAAUCACACGUACACGAAACCCCCCGAGGGGGGUUGAGCCACCAAACCAGGGAUUACAUUUGUCAAUGGUUGACUUUAUUCAGCUGUAUUUGAAUAGAAGUGAAUGAGUAAGUUUUUAAUCCGGCCACAGUGGCCCCUAAAUUUGGCCACUUGGACUUUUACUGUCACCCAACAUGUUGACAGGCGCUGGCAGAGCAGGCCAACAUGUUUUUUUUCCCAGCAUGCCCUGCAUUGGCUUGGCAGCUGGUGGUAUUCUCCACCCUGGCGUCCUUACUGUUUAUCGGUCAAACACAAAACGAGUCCACACAUCUUUGUACACAUCGGCCCGACCGCGGUUGUAUCGCUAUCGCUCUAGAUUCUUGUUUUUUUUUCCUAAGAGGGCCCGGGGCCGUUUUGCUCUUUUUAAAGCGUGGAGUUUUGUCCUUGUCUCGACUGUUGAUCUUUAGAGUUUGGAUUCGUCUCAGUUUUUGAAUAUGAAGACACUAAAAAGAAAAAAAAAUCCCCUUUCCCCUUCUCCUUAAGCCCGAGCUGGCGGCCCACAUCAACAGGGCCGACGCUUUGGACCCCCCACCAAGACUGACGACCCCUCCCGGGGGUCUUUAUUUAAUCUGAACCAUGAAGACUAGCUGUCAAACGAGGAACACGAUUCGUUGCCGAGGUAAAAAGACUGCUUUUCUUUGAAUCAGGGACGAGCUGCAACAGCUCAACGACACAUGACGCAGAUACUCCUAGUUUCGCCCGACGUCUUGUCAACUACAGAUGCUGAGAAAGGCGUGUGUGUGUGUGUGUGUGUGUGUGUUUGGUGUAUAUGUGUGUGUGUGUGUGUAUACGGGUUUGUUACCUCAACUGGUCGUUUUUUAAACAAAGUGAUUUGGGCAAAUGUUCAAUUUCUCGAUUUUCAUCCUUGAACACACACCUGCAGUGCACACAGCUGAAAUUAUUUUUGUGAAAGCGACUCAUGUUUUGAAUAGAUAGCUGAUGUUCAAAGGGGAGAUUUGUGAGGUACCAUGUAUAUAAGCAAUCUGUAACCUUUGUGGCUUUUGUGUGACAGGGAUAAGGUGUUCUGAAGGUUAAAAUAGAUCAUAUACAAGUAUAUAUUUAAACAGCUUCAGGCGGAGGGCGAGGGCAGCUCUGCAUCUGGGGCAGGAGACUACAAUAGACGACAGGGAUUGUAUAUAUGAACUAUAUAUUCGGCAGGAUGUCCCUUCACGAAACGGAGAAAGAAAAAAAAAAA